AUGUCGUUGACAAAGUUUCUUAUAUUAAUUUUCCUCUUGGUGAAUCGAGAAGUUCUUGGAGGAGCUAUUACCGAAGUUCCAACAGAAGAUUAUACUGGAACUGAUGAUUAUUAUUCCCAUCCCAGAUACGCCUUCAAAUACGGCGUAAGCGACCCUACAACUGGUGACGUCAAGAGCCAAAAAGAAAUCCGCGACGGCGACGUCGUCAAGGGGCAGUACUCCCUGGUGGAACCCGACGGUACCGUUCGAACCGUCGACUACAUUGCUGACCCCGUAAACGGCUUCAACGCUGUGGUGUCGAAGAGCGCGCCAUCUGUCCACCACGUCGAGAGAGAGAGUCCGGUGGUACCAAGAGUGGUACCACGAGUGGUACCGCCAGUGCUGCCCGCUGCCUACGUCGACUUGCGGUACCCCAAGCGGGUGAUCGCGCGACCUGUGAUCAAGUACACGACUGCCUUAGGAUAUGGUGGAGAUGGUUACUACAACGAUAUUUAUGAUGGCUAUGGAUAUGUCGACCGUUAUGAUGUGAAUGGGUAUUAUGGAGAUGCCAAUGGGCAGAGUUAUUGA